AUGAUAGCCACCGCAGCCGUCCACCCAUUGGACGUGAUCAAGGUUCGCCUCCAGCUCUUCCCGAAGAAAGUGACCACCAUGAGGAUGCUCCACCGCAUCAUGGUGUGUGAAGGCACGCGCGGGCUGUACGCGGGACUCACAGCAGGAAUGCUGCGCCAGCUCACCUACACGGGCUCUAGACUGUUCGUCUACAACUCGCUUUGGACCAAGUAUAAAAACGAGUACGACCAGCUGCCAGACUUCCCCGCGCGUCUCAAGAUCGCCAUCGUGGCCGGUCUGGUUGGCGCGUUCAUGGGCACUCCUUCGGAGAUAGGGCUUGUUCGCAUGAUCGAGGUCGGACGGUUACGGCGGUCGAGAUGCUCACCACGUUGUUCCAUGGCUUGCAAAUAUGUUCAGCGGCCCGAAAACGUCCUCAAGCAGCUACUAAGAAUAGCCCACAGAGAAGGCAUAGCCACGUGGUGGCGAGGCGCCGUGCCCACGCUCAUUCGGUCCAUCUUCGUCACAACCGCACAAGUCGGGGUUUACUCAGAGGUUCGAGAGGUAUUCACCGGAGGCGAGCAUAUGGACAGCAGCAUCAAGCUACAUUUGUACACUGCUUUGAUCUCCAGCUUUUUUUCUACCUUUUUGUCACUGCCCGUCGACCAGGUUAAGACCAGAUAUCAAUCAUUCCAAGAGCGUCACUCCAGAAGUGUGGACAUCCUCAAAGACAUUCUCAAGAAGAAAGGCAUCCGGUAUCUUUGGAAGGGCUUCCUUCCCUAUUACGUUCGGCAGAUAACCCAUACUGUCAUAUCAUACGUCAUUCUGGAUUUGCUUGUUGAUAGGUAUCUUAGCUUGCAAGAGGCGGCGCAGCCUAAGAAAUAAUGUCAGGCAGUCACCUGUUGUCACUAAGUUAUAAGGUAUGAAGAAUCUAGGGGGGCGCGAGCCAGGACCCAUGCCCUGGGCACCAACGUGAGAAGGGCGCCAAAUUCGAACUUCGUCAAGUCCAAGGGGCGCCAUAUUCGAUAUUUUUUAGUGUUUGCCCCCUCAAAGAAAGGCCAGGCCCCGUAGCCGAAUGGCAUUUCUCUGACGCCAAACGAAAACGAAACGUAAUCCGGCUCUGUCGCGCCAAUACGCAAGAGCGAUAGGGAUAGAUAUCUACUAGCGUUUCGUUUCGUGAGCGUUUCGUGAGCGUUUGUGCCAUUCGGCUACGCACCCAGGUCCUCUGCUGCCAAGGUGAGAUGUGUCAUUGGUUUGAAUCCUAUAGAUUUUCCCCUACUGCGUACGGCAGAUCAUACACACUGUCAUUUCAUACGUCGUUUUGGACACCCUUGUUUCAACUUACAAGACGCGAUACAGCCCAAGUGCGUUUUCAGAUUAUCGGAUCGAAUAAUGUGAAAAUGCACUAAGGGAAAAUAAUGUCAUCAAGUCGUGUUGUCACUGUUGUUUCUGAACAGUGUUAUUACAUUAUCCGAGCCGAUAUCGGAUGUAGGGCCGGUAUCCUAUUUGAAGGUGCC